UUUAAUAACUCGUGUGUAUAAUUUACUCAAUUGUGCCUUCCAUGUUCCACCUUAAUUCGAACCAUAUAUAAUUCAUGCUUUAAUUACACCCUGUUUGAGCCACCCUGUCACAGCAUUGCUGAGUGUUAAUAAUAUCUCCACUUUCAACUCCAUUCUCCUUCAACCUUUUCUUCCGUCGCCGGCAGUUGUCGAACACUGUCCUCAUGUCCUCCAACAGGUUGUGCGGGGAAAAUCCUCCUACUCUGGCUUAGGCAUCAACUUGGUUCAUUUAAAUUUUCAGGAGUAUAUUAUUAGAUGUCAGAGGAUAUGGAAAUUGAAUUGCAAGAGGAUGUGUUGAUAGAGAUCUUAGCGCGGCUGCCGGUGAAAUCGUUGAUUCGAUUUACAUGUGUUUGUAAGUACUGGCUAACUUUCAUUAGAUCACCUGAAUUUGCAUCCAAACAUCACGCCACUCGAUCGGGAAACGAUCGGGAAUUGGAUUCUCUUUUGACCACAUUUCCCCCAGCUUCUUCUAUUUCCAUUAUUUCUUGCGAAAACCUCACUUUUGAAACUGCCUUCAAGUUUAGACCAGCUGUUGAAUGUGAACCGCCUCGCUUCGGUAUUGAUCAUCAUGAAUUAGUUUCCGGUUGCGCCAUUUACGGCCCUUGUAAUGGCCUCUUCCUUCUCUAUUUGAGAAGAGGUUUCGAAAAUGUGAUUUUGUUAUGGAACCCAGCUACUAGAGAAGUUUUCAGACUGCCCAACCCAAUAAAGUAUAUGAUUUCUUAUUUUGGUUUCGGGUUUGAUGAAGUAACCAAUGAUUACAAGGUUGUUUGUUUUUAUUAUGUGGGUACGAAUUCCAUCGUGGUGCAAUUGUACUCCCUUGCUGCUAAUUCUUGGUGGCAGGUUGAUGAUGCCGGUUUUAGUCCUUGUUCCGGUAGCUCUUCUGCCGGUUUUAACUUUGAGGAGGUUGUUGCUGAUGGUCCUUGUUCUGGAAUCUCUACUGGUCGUAUGCACCAUUGGAUGUCGAGAGAUGUUGGGUACGAUAGCUCUUUCCCUUCCCUUCUCUCGUUCGACAUGGUGGAUGAGGUAUUCGUCGAGACCCCUCUUCCUGAUAAAACAGGGUCUUCUGCUGAGUUUUUGAACCAAUACUCCAAUGAUAUGUACCCUACCUUGUAUUAUAUGGACGACACGAUUGAGUUUACAAGAGGUAUGCAUAUAUGGGUUUUGAAGGAGUAUGGUCCAACUGGGUUUUGGAACAAACAACAGUAUAUUACAUUACCCGAAGUGGUAAGUUCAGGGGUAUGAAUGAUGUUGUGGAAGAAAAAAACGAUUGUGUUUAGCAAACAUGAAGAUGAUAGAAAAGUAACAUCAUGGUAUAAUUUGAGUACGCAGAAAAUGAAAUCGCUUCAAGUUCCGGGAGGAGACAUGAUUAUAGGUUACAGAGAGAGUCUAGUUUCUAUUGCAAAUUGUGUACGCCAACCACAACCACGACCAUCAACUGUUGGAAUAUUUAGAGAAGAGGGCGAUCAUUCAUAUGUUGAGAUUGGGCUUGGAUGGUUACAGCAGGACUCGUCCGUUGAAGUUGAAGUUGAAGUUGAAGUUGAAGUUGAAGUUGAAGAUGAUGAUGGUGAUUGUGAUUGUGAUGGUGAUGGUGAUGGUGAUGAUGACGACUCAUCCAUCGACAGCGCUUUCCUGGAGCCUGAUGAGUGGGUUUAUGUAUUCAUGGAUGAUGAGGCGGAUGAAUUACUUUGUGCAAAUAGAUGCAAUGAGUUAGGAAGGUUCCGCAAACUGCCUUAUUGUCUUCUUGAAGUGAACCAGCCAAUAAUUAGCAACCCCUUAACAUUCUAAGAUUUUUAUUAGGAUAUUAGGUUCUUUUAAGAUCCCAAUUGACUACUCCCUCCGUCUCUUUUUGUUCUUUAUGUUUGGUACUUUUCACGCGUUUUAACGAAUAAUUAAUUUGGAUCGAGAUUCCUC